AACAGGGUACCUAACAACAGAAACCGACGUUUAGUUUAGACUAGAAAAAUACUGGUAUUAGUUUUGGAUCAUAUAACACGUUUAUACUGUUAUACAGUAAUCUACUAUUCCAACAGAUGGAACUUAUUCGCAUUAUCUGGGUGAUGUGUUUACUAAGCAUAGCCCAAGGAAGGGAGAUUGGUUUCAGUAGAUUUGAUUUCAAGAAACUAUCUGCUAACGGUAAUUCCAAUCUCAAUGUCAUGAACUUUGGUGCUGUUGGAAAUGGCAUAGUUGAUGACUCCAAAGCUUUUCUAAAUGCAUGGACACAGAUGUGUAAUGGUACUACGGGUCACAUGACAACCCUAAUCGUACCACAGGGGAGAACGUUCUUAUUGAGUCCUACAAUAUUCAACGGUCCUUGCAGAGUAACAUAUCCUGUUGUGCAGGUUGAUGGGAAAAUUAUUGCACCAGUAAAGGGUGCUUGGAAUGGUAAGCCAGAUAGAUGGAUUUCAUUCACAAAUGUGUAUCGUCUCACCAUUAAGGGAUCAGGUCAGAUUGAUGGUCAAGGUUCAACUUGGUGGGAUCGACCUGAUGAAAUGAGACCAACGGCAUUAACAUUGGGAUACUGUAUGGGUUGUCUAUUGAGGGGAUUAACGCAUCUAAAUAGCCCAAGAAAUCACAUCAGCAUAUUCGGUUGUCGUGAACUAGUCGUUUCUCAUGUAAACAUAAUUGCUCCUGAAAACAGCUAUAAUACCGAUGGUAUUGAUAUUAGUCGUUCCAAAGGCAUCCGCGUCCAAGAUUCGUUCAUCGGAACCGGUGAUGAUUGUGUUGCUCUAGGUGAUGGAAGCAAGUAUAUCAAUAUUACUAACGUGCAUUGUGGUCCUGGACAUGGCGUAAGUAUUGGAAGCUUAGGAGCUAAUGGGAGUGAGCAAAGAGUGGAACACGUGCAUGUUCGAAAUGUUCAUUUUAACGGAACUAUGAACGGAGCAAGGAUCAAGACAUGGGAAGGUGGCAAAGGAUACGCAAAACGGAUAUCAUUUGAUGGGAUUACCCUUGAAAAUGUGUAUAAUCCGGUUAUCAUUGAUCAACACUACUUCAACAAACGCAGCAGCCAAAGGUCUGCGGUUCAAAUUAGCGAUGUAGUGUUCAGAGGAAUUCGUGGAACUUCGACAAAUGCUGUAGUGAUAAAUCUAAAUUGUAGUGAGGUUAUUCCAUGCACAAACAUUGUCUUGGAUAACAUUGGCAUUCGAUCAACAAAACGGGGAGCCAUGGCCUCUUCCUACUGUGCGCAUGUUCAUGGAGCAGUAUCAAAGACAUCUCCAAAUGUUCCUUGUCUACUAUAAUAAUUUGUUUUAAAAUAUUGCAUUUGCAGGUAUUAGAAAACAUUAUUAAUCUUUUUUGUUGUUUGUUUUAGAGAA